CAGAGCAGAACACAGCUGGAUCUGGCUGCUGCAGGGCCGAGGGCCUGCGAAGAAUAAAGAAAGUCACACUCCCCUGCAGCGGGACACAGCCAGAGGGACACAGCCAGCCUGACAGCUGAGACACAGUCACCGAGCAGGGCAGUCAAUCGCAAGCCACCUUUGAAAACUUCAGGAUGUGGACAUCUUCAGCAUUUGUUGGCCUCACGUUGGGCCUGAUUCUCCUAUUUGGCGAAGGGUCUGCCUUGCACCUUCGAGACUCCCAGACAGCACGCCGGGCCACCGACUUUGGUGUUAAAGUGUUCCAGCAGGUGGUGCAGGCUUCCAAGGACCGCAAUGUGGUUUUCUCCCCCUAUGGGGUCUCCUCAGUGCUGGCUAUGCUGCAGCUAACUACAGCAGGAGAUACCAGACAUCAGAUCCAAGAUGCGAUGGGAUUCAAAAUCAACGAGAAGGGCACAGCCCCUGCCCUCCGUCGGCUGUCCAAACAGCUCUUGGGGCCCUGGAACCAGGGUGAGAUCAGCACCACAGAUACCAUCUUUGUCCAGCGGGACCUGGAACUGGUCCAGGCCUUCAUGCCCCACUUCUUCAGACUCUUCCGGAGGACAGUGAAGCAGGUGGACUUCUCAGAGGUGGAGAGAGCGAGAUUCAUCAUCAAUGACUGGGUGGAGAAGCACACCAAAGGCAUGAUCAAAGACUUGCUUGCAGAAGGGACCGUGGAUCAGCUGACCCGCCUUGUGUUAGUGAAUGCCCUGUACUUCAAAGGCCAGUGGAAGACGCCCUUUGCAGAAUCCAGCACCCACCACCGCCUCUUCCACAAGUCUGAUGGCAGCACAGUCUCUGUGCCCAUGAUGGCUCAGACCAACAAGUUCAACUACACUGAGUUCACAACUCCAGAGGGUCACUACUAUGACAUCCUAGAACUGCCCUACCAUGGGGAAACCCUCAGCAUGUUCAUCGCAGCGCCCUACGAAAAGGACGUGCCCCUCUCUGCCCUCACCAAUGUUUUGGAUGCCGAGCUCAUCAGACAAUGGAAAGGCAACAUGACCAGACUGCCCCGCCUCCUUGUCCUGCCCAAGUUCUCUCUGGAGACAGAAGUUGACCUCAGGAAGCCCCUGGAGAAUUUGGGCAUGACUGACAUGUUUAGCCCAGCCCAGGCUGACUUCACAAGCCUUUCUGUCCAAGAGCAGCUGUACGUAUCACAGGCACUGCAGAAAGUGAAGAUUGAGGUGAACGAGAGUGGCACAGUGGCAUCUUCAUCCACAGCAAUUCUGGUCUCAGGCCGCAUGGCCCCUGAAGAGAUCAUCAUGGACCGACCCUUCCUCUUUGUAGUUCGGCACAAUCCUACAGAGACAGUGCUUUUCAUGGGCCAAGUGAUGGAGCCUUAGACAGAGAAAAGAGAAGUCUUCAUUUGGGACAAAACUGGAGCUGCAUCAGAUGGGAAGAAACACUGAAGGAAAAGAAUUAUUGUUCUCAUGGCUCUUUCAGGAAAAAUAAGUUUGCCAUUAUCUCCCCAGAGUGGUAAAUUUUCCCAACUCAGACUAGUGAAGGAAAAAGAGGACCUUUGAGUCUAACUCCCUCUCUAGAGACCCCUGUUGCACAAAGUUCUCCAACCCAGAGCCUAUGUCUGCCCAUCUUUCUACCCAGUCAGUCUUUGGACCUGGUACCUAUCAAGACCUCAGCAGGAUGGAGCCACUUGGCUUACACUCUGCCUCUGCUGCGGAGGCUGGCCGUGGGCCAAAGGAAGAAGCGUUCUUCCAGCUCAAGGUCCAUUGUGGAACUGACCACCUUGCCCAGCUCAGAGGGGACAGCAGAUGGAGAGAUGAAAUGCUCGCUCAGUGUUGAGCCUCCUCCCACCCCAUCUCGCCCUCCCUUGAACAGCAGGGAGGAUACCUGGGGUAUGCUUGAAUAUUUAUCAUUUUAUUGCCCUUGUGUGAUUGUUGAGAGAAGUAGGAAUGUUAAGGAAAACAUUUAUUUAAACUAUGACACACGGUGUUCUUUUUGGGGUCUAUACCCGUGGAUCUCAGUUCUUUCCCUCUGACCUGCUCAGGCGAUGGAACUCACACUGCCACCUAGUGGGGGCCAGAGCCCCCUGUGGCUCUUCUUCCUAGAUUCUUGGCGGCCCAGGUUAAGGACCAAAAAAAAAAGAUGGGAUGGAAGAGAGGGGAGAGAUUUGAGGGAGGGCAAAACCGUUCAAAUUUUUCCAAUAUAUUCAGGAACAUAAAGACAAAAGGGGCUGCAUGACCUAACAGGACAGAACUUUCUCCAAUUACUGGAUGACUCAGAGCCGCCCUGGUGACUCACUCCAAUGUGUCAUUUCCGGCUGCUGUAUGUGAGCAGUAGACACGUGGGGUGGGGGGGUUGAUGAAAGAGACAGCCAGCCCUGGAUGAACCACCUUAGUUAGAUAAUCUUUUCUGAAAGCCUUCUAGCUGGGCAUAUGAUGGGAAAACCAAUUUAUUGAAGAAUUGCACAUGGAGGUGACGUGAAUGUAAUCCUGCAGAAGCCCAUUUUGAAUCUAAUACAUUCUCCACCAAAAAAAAAAAAAUUCUCAUUCUUUGUUUUUUGGUGUUUUCUUUUUUCUUUUCUGUGUUCAUUAUGCACUGGACAGCCACAUACCGUGUACCCACAAGGGGUCCCCAAAUGUGGGGUCAAAAUGUUCUUGAAAUUGUGUUGGUUAUGUAUGCUCUUUUUCACUUUUGAUAUAUAAACAAGUAAAAACGUUUAAAAAAACACAAUAAAUACAAA